GUACCUGCGUUCUCUCAAAAACAAACUUUGUACUCCCCACCCCCCCCCCACCGUGUUCUUUCUCUUUCUCUCCUGCCCCAGUUGUUUCUUUUAUGCAGACACUUUAUACAAUCUGCUUAGAAACAGUUGCUGAUCACGCCGAGUACAUUACUGACUGGAGCAACAUUCCACUUGAUCCGUUUGUACUGGACAUUGUUCGUGCAAUCGGUGAAAAAGAAUCGCGCAACAAGUCGUCAGUCAUUUAUGAAAGGAUUGGUGCUGCUCAUGGCGCCCGUUUUCCUGAACAUCUUGGCGCCGUCAGCUUAGUCGGACGCGACAUGCUUUCGCUGCGAGAAGCCACGCAGUUGAUACCUCGAUUCAUCACUCAUCUCAACUUGUCAUGCGUUAGCGGUAUCAAUGACAGUGCUAUAAUCUUACUCAAACCAUGUGUCAACUUGCGAGUGCUUGAUUUGACGCGUACCGAAAUCACAGACGUGGGUGUAUCACAUCUGGCGCGCAUGACAGACUUGGCGUCGUCAUCAUCAGCAACAGACAGCAACAACAACAUUAAACUUCAUGGAUUAGAUCAUCUUCAA